UUACAAAUAAUAAUAAUAAUGGCAACGGAAUACAAAACACUGAUUAUAUCAGUAUUUCUGUAUGUAUCGAUUGUAUCAUUAUUAUUAUUAUUAUCAUCAUCAUCUGCUGCUGCUGCAAGAUUUGUGCCUUCAUUAUCAAUUGUUGAAAAAUCAGUAAAUAAUAGUGCUAAUAUUUUUGAUAAUUCAAAAUAUGGAUUGCUUCAGCUUAAUAAUGGACUGGCUCAGACUCCACAGAUGGGAUGGAAUAGCUGGAAUUUCUUUGCUUGUGAUAUAAAUGAGACUCUUAUAAAGGAAACAGCUGAUGCACUUAUAACAACUGGGUUGGCUGAUCUGGGAUAUAAUUAUGUUAAUAUUGAUGAUUGUUGGGAAGCAUUGUCACGGGAUGAAAAGGGACUGUUAGCUCCUGAAUCAAGAACAUUUCCAUCUGGGAUUAAGGCUCUCGCUGAUUAUGUACAUGAAAAGGGCCUCAAGCUUGGUAUCUAUUCUUCUGCAGGUGUUUUCACUUGUCAAGUACGACCUGCUUCACUUUUCCAUGAGAAUGAUGAUGCGGCAACUUGGGCUUCCUGGGGCGUGGACUACUUGAAGUAUGACAAUUGCUUCAAUCUUGGCAUCAAGCCGAUUGAUAGAUAUCCACCAAUGCGGAAUGCUCUGAAUUCAACAGGACGGGAAAUCUUUUAUUCCCUUUGUGAAUGGGGUGAAGAUGAUCCUGCUCUAUGGGCAGGCAAUGUUGGAAAUAGUUGGAGAACAACAGAUGACAUCAAUGACACAUGGGCAAGUAUGAUUUCUAUUGCCGAUCUCAAUGACAAAUGGGCAUCCUAUGCAGGACCUGGUGGAUGGAAUGAUCCUGAUAUGUUAGAAGUUGGUAAUGGAGGCAUGACUUAUUUGGAAUACCGAUCACAUUUUAGCAUAUGGGCUUUGAUGAAGGCUCCACUUCUUAUAGGUUGUGAUGUCAGGAACAUGACUGCAGAAACAUUUGAAAUUUUAAGUAAUAAAGAGGUGAUUGCUGUUAACCAAGAUCCACUUGGAAUUCAGGGAAGAAAAGUUAGCACUUCAGGAACAGAUAACUGUCUCCAGGUUUGGGCCGGGCCUUUGUCUGGAAAACGUUUUGCUGUCGUUCUAUGGAAUAGGUGUUCAGAAGCUGGAACGAUUAAAGUUUCAUGGGAUACAAUUGGACUCGAGUCCUCUGCUAGUGUUUCUGUACGAGAUCUGUGGAAGCACAAAGAUGUAGUGGCAGAUGCAGUUGCAUCGUUUGAGGUUCCAGUAGAUGCCCACAGUUGCGAGAUGUUUGUUUUAACUCCCACAUUGUCUCGUGUAUAAGUCUGAACGAAGUGACAAUUCAAAAACCUAUGGGCUCCUCCUCUCUUUGGAAUAAUAAGGGGUUGUUUAUAUAUCAUUAAUACAUUGAAGAUGUUUGGUUA